GUCAACCCCGACUCGAACCAGCCAGCGAGCACCCCGACAUACUGUAAUCGCUUUUAGGGAGAUCCAAGCCAGUCUUGGUAGGCAAUCACAGCCAUGGGUCGCCGGCCUAACCAGGUGAUCCAGCAGUACUUCCAGCGGGGACCCAAGCUGGCAGACAAUUCCAAUAGGUACCCCCAAACCUGCAAACUCUGCGGCGAAAACUUCCCCAAGGGUCGAAUCGACAGCCUGACGACUCAUCUGACGAAGCGAUGCCCCGCGAUAUCCGAACAGGAACGCAUACAUGCCUGCCUCAUGCUCAAUGGCAUCCCACCCGGCCGUACCCCGCGGGCUCUGCAGGCCCGACAGCAUCAACAAGUUCAGCAGCAUUCUGGCCCUCAGUUGGAGCUCCCAUUGAUGCAACCUCACCAGGGCUGGACACCGCUGGAGACUCUGGCUGAGGUGUCUAGGGCGCGGAUCGACCAUCUGAAAGAAUACGGAGGCGAGACGUCACAGGGACAGCAUGGGUCACACGAGCCUUUCCCCGGCGCCUUCUCCAUGUCUGGCCCACCCGCGCUCGACCGUCCCGAAAUUCAGGACCAGUUCACAGUCGAGGACCACUCCUCUCCAUAUAACGAGCACCAGCCGUCAGAAGGACCAGCCAUGGACGGGCCGGAUGGCCAACCGAGCAUGGCAGAUCACGUCCAGGAUCCAAAUGAUCAUAAUACGACCCCCACCGAAGCGCCCAACCUGAGUGUCGCAGCGGCUGCAGCUGCCAGGCUGAAUAACUCCAUGUUGGACCCCACACUGUUCCUUGACCACAACCUGGGUGAGGAUCUGGCGAGGGCGAUAGAAACUGUUCAGGACACCGAAGCUCCUGCCGGCCCUGCACCUGUCACAGCAGUUCCGGAAGAGCACGCCGCCGCGACUCAAACUCCAGAACACUCUCCACAAGCUUCAGCACAGGCCCCAGUUCAACCUCAACCUCACGUUCCACGGCCUGGGUCGCAGUCUGGGUCGCAGCAGCCCUGGGGCGAGAUCACUUACAUGGCAAACCCGCCCCUCGCACCCCCAACUGCUGUCAAUCACCCGCUGCACGGAGUUCCCAUGUCCAGCAGAUCAGUAUUCCGGGUGGACCAGAACGGCUCCAGGUCAAGACAUUCCCGGGCGCGCUUUGACGAACAACGCAGGAAGGAGGUCCAGCAGGUCCGGAAGAUCGGUGCCUGCAUAAGAUGCAGGAUACUGAGGAAGACCUGCUCCCAGGGCGAUCCUUGUGACACCUGCCGCAAGGUGUUGUCUCCUCGCAUCUGGCGCUCAGGGUGUGUGCGCACGAAGUUCACCGAUGAACUGAACCUGUAUGAUGCCGGGGUCCAGAUCGUACACGCGCAGAAACAGAUCAACGGUUUCAAGUCAACACUGAACUUGGACCAUCCGCCUGUGGUGCUCCAGGCCUCGCAUUUCCCGGGAGAGGGGUCUGCAAUAUUGGUCGAGACCCUCCGCGGCACUAAGCCUAAGGAGUCAGGCGCCGAGCUCCUUGCGGAAGACGAGCGCUGGGCAACGCCGCAGAUCGUCAUGAUCAACGACCAAGAGGAACUGUCAGGCAAGAUGGAAGCCUACGUCCGAGACCAGCUGCCUGUGUUUGCGCAAAAGGAGCGGGCGUCGUUCUCCCGCAUCACUGUGGAGACAGCCAUCCAGAUCGCCCGCGACACCGACGACAGGAAUCUCAGGCUGGCCCUCGAGCUCUGGGGCUUCGUGGAGGUGAUCGACCGGGAGCUUAAGUGGGACCUCGAGAUCCGCCCGUCCCCGGCCGCGCAGCUCGAGGGCAGGCCAGUCACACAGGAGACCGAGGCGGAGCUGUACAAGACCAUCUGCCUGCAGCUGACGGCCGCGGCGGAGCGCAAGGCGUCGACCACCAGCAAGAACCUGCUGACGCACAUGCAGCGGGACCUGCAGGACGCGAGGACUAAGAUUGGCCAUGGGAUGUUCUUUACCAUUCUGGUCUUGCUCAUCUGCGUGGAGAAGUCAACCUGGGCGUUCAAGGCGUGGGAGGAAAUGAGCAAGACCAUCAACUGCUGGCCCCUGGAGCGGCUGCCGAGCGACUACACCCAGCAAGGCUACAGAAUAUCCGAACUGCUGGGCAUGCUGCUGGGCAUCCGACGCGCACUACCGAAGACUGCGAUCCGGGAAAACGACGGGGUCCUGAUUGUCGAGGAUCCAGAUCCCGUCCUGCAGUCCUAUUUCGAACGCAUCAAUCUGCGAGCCGCCGAUGUCAUCGCGCAACAGCAGCACGCCCAGUUCUCCGCCCUGGACUCCCGCACACUCGAGCUUCACCUCUGUGCGAACUUGCUCUUGCCUUACCAGGAGGCCCACCCUGGCGCGCACCAGGAACAGGGCAUGGGAGGCUCGGGAAGCAGUCAUGCUUCCGACCACGCUUACACCCUUGACCCGCCGGGCCCUGGAACACCACCCUCGGCGCCACCGCCCGCGCACCACGAGGCGGCCGGGUUGGCUGAGACUUGAUGAUACGAUACCACAGCGUACGAUCAGUCUUGACUCUUGAUGUUCCUACACGGAAACGCUACGGUCUGAUGUUACUCCAUUUGCUGCUCGUCGCUAGCGCUGACGUUGUUGACUCACUCACACAACCCCAAAGAAAAAUCUGACCACCUGCGAGGCGUUUAUGGCAAUGGGACUCAACGGGGAAAAUUGUGAUAGACAGGUCUUCCGGCCCUCUUUCGUCGCCCAGUUUGUGGGAUGAAGGGAGGGAGCAAACCUGUGUGAGGAGGCGGGGAACCCAAAAAAAACUGCUUGAGGUGCAUUGUGCAAUUCAAUUUUGAGCCUGCUCUUUUUGUCGCACGGGGAGAAAAACAAAAUGGGUUCUCGGGCUUGGGAGCGAAGCCCCCUUUUUUUUUCCUUCUAAGUAUUGACGGCGAAAAUGGAAUACCCACACACCCUGGAGUCUAGCUCGGCGUUUUAUAGACCUAAAUAUUUGAUGAUGGGUUAUUUGUAUGACUAAAAUUGAUGGCAUGAUUGCAUGAUUCACUUUCUUUAGAUGUGAUGAUACAGAUGUAUUUGGCCUUUUAUGGAGGGUGGGCUGAAGUGCUGGCUGGCUGGUUGGCAACCUCUCGAGGCGCUCUGAGGUUGUCUGUUUUCCUCAUUUGGACUACUCAGUCGGCGGCAGGCGGAGGGGCAGAUGGAGGAAGAAGGUGACUGAAUAAUUAUCACGGACACCCAGCAACGCCUCUCAGUGAUCAAGUCUCUUCCAUGAAGUAAAA